GUGGCUCGUUGAGUGGAUAGUAUUGAUCCGCGUCGGGGACUGCUUUAUUUACUGGCAUUCUGACAACCCGACACCUUCAAGCCCAGGCUUGGAAAUGGGGUAUGAGGAGGAGGAGGAGGAGGAGGAGGAGGGUCAAUAAUUAUCAUGCAUAUGUCCACAUGAUCAAAUUGUACCAAAGUGCAUCAUAGGAUAUCAGAGUACUGGGCGAUGGGAGUUGCAUGGUCCAUCCUUUCUCAAGCGUGCGGAGACUCGUACGGCAAGCAUCCAUGCCUCCUCACGUCCACCGCGUAUUCGUGCAGGCCAUCCAGAAGGAGGAACCAGGAGUGACCGUUACCUCCUCUUCGUUCCCGCCCAUCCAGUCCUCAUCCGGGACAGGCUACAUAGGCAAGAUAGGCUCGACAAGCGAGAAAGAGCAGUACGUAGGCGAGGCUGAAUCGCUCAAAGCAAUACACAUCGCCGUACCUGGCCUCGCGCCGCGCCUCAUCGUGUGCGGCACGCUUGACGAGGAGACGGCGGAGGCGGACAGCGAAAUAGGCAGACCGUACUUCCUAUCGGAAUAUAAAGAUAUGGGCAGCCUGACAGAUAGUGCCGCCAAGGUGCUCGGGAAAAGACUCGCUACGGAGAUGCAUGCAUACAAGAGCACCAAUGGCUUCGGGUUCCACGUCCCUACCUUCUGCGGCGCCACCAGGCAGCAGAACGGCUGGUACGACUCAUGGGAGGAGUGCUACGAUAGACUCAUUGGAAGUUUGCUCGAUACCCUGGAGAAGAGAGGAGGAUACGAGAGCCUAUGCAAGCAGGGCAAGGAAGUGCGCAAGCGUGUAAUACCCGCCCUCCUUGGGCCCUUGGUGAUCCAACCCGUCCUGCUCCACGGUGAUCUAUGGAGCGGAAAUACUGGGACAGACAGAAAGACCGGCCAACCUGUCAUAUUUGAUCCUUCGUCCUACUUUGGUCACAACGAAGCAGACCUAGCAAUUGCGAGAAUCUUUGGAGGCAUCCCUCACUCAUUCUUCAAUACAUAUCAUGAAUAUCUCGCCAAGUCAGAGCCGCAAGACCAGUAUGACUUGCGCGGUGAUCUAUAUGAACUGUACCAUUACCUCAAUCAUACGGUUCUAUUCGGAGGGUCGUAUGCGAGCAGCGCGAAGAGAAAGAUGGACCGCUUGUUACAAGCCAUUCCAUGAGGAGUCGAUGAGUUGCUCGAAGGAUACUGCUUGAAGAGUUAGAAUAGAUAAAAGCAUGCUAACCAAUCUUAACCCAAUCCUUCAGAUAAGAGAUCAUAUUGGUGAUUAUAUCGC